AUGGGCAGAGAAAACACGUUCGCUUUGUUCUCACUGCACGGCUCCGUGAAUCAUACCGGUCGAGCUCCGCGUCUUAUCUAUAGUCCAUUUGAUUCAAUGUCUCUGACUAAUGUUACCGAUGUGGGAUCUCAAGCAUUUGAUCUCUGCUGGGCUUUGUGGAUCAUAAAGGCCGUUUUUUGUUUAACCUAUGACUUGGCUGAUAAUGAAGGAGAGAGACAUCGUAGGAUCGAAACUCUCUUAUCCACGAUUCUAAUCGUGACUCUAUGUGCCACUACUCUAAUGAGGCCGGGGCUAGCCGAGGUCCAGACCAUUCCUGGCUCCCCAAUCGAUAUCACAAAGUGUUGGUCAUCACUUUCCGGUGUUCAAGGUUGUGUAAUCGAAAUCUAUAAAUCAGUUUUAACGGGUAAGUUUGAAAACGUUACACCCACUUGCUGCAAAGCGUUUAAAGAUGUGGAUGCAAAGUGUUGGCCAAAA